UGGAGCUUUAAAAGUUCACUUGAGUUAAAAACUGUUUUGUAUUUUGUUUUGUUUUUUAAAAAAGUAAUUGUUAUUAGUGAUCAAUAAAUUGGAAUAAAGCUGUGAACCUCAUCAUUAGGAUUAAAUCGGUACCAAUUGAUCUUGUGUGGUGUUGAUGCUGUUUCUUAAAGAUUAUUGCUUCUAGGUGUUUUCAUUGUCAGAUAGACUGAAACAAUGAAAUCGCGACUGGAUAGACUGUUCCUGUUGCUUGACCAAGGAACCAGUAGUGUUACCCGGAAGGCUGCGGCUCAACAAUUAGGCGAAGUUCAACGUCUACAUCCACAUGAGUUAAAUAAUUUAUUAGCCAAAGUUCGAGGCUAUCUUCACAGCUCUAGCUGGGAGACCAGAAUAGCUGCAAGCCUUGCUAUUGAAGCGAUAAUCAAGCAAAUACCAAAGUGGCUACCAAAUGGUACAAAUGAUGAGCCAAUUGAUAAUACCUCUCUCGACUGUUUUGGUGGAGAAGGCCGGAUGAAAUUAGAUGUUUUUGAUAUAAAUAAGGUGAUCGAAUGUGGCCGUAAUCUACUUGCUUCUGAAGGAACUGAAUAUGACUUAAAUUUGAUCAAUUGUGAUAAUCUUUCAGCUGAUAAUUUGAGAGAAAAAUUGUCUGCUCAGAGACAAUUGUUGAAUAAGAAAUUAGGUCUAGAUAUAAGUCAAAAGUUAAAUUUAGGAAUCCAAUCCGAUGAUCUUGUUUCCAAUGAGGAUCUCUCUCAAAUACAGGAUGUUAAAAUGGAAAAUACUGACUCUAACGUUGGAGCAAAUAAUGACCAUAGUGAAAAUAAUGACAAGAAAAUUGGUAACCUUAACUCAAAAAAAGUGGAAAUUAGUGAACUGUUGAAUCUAAACAAGAGAAAAGCAGCUGACGAUCGUGGAUCGAUUGAACUGGAGGAAGGUGAUAAAAAUAUUGAUAGUACUGCAGUGUGUAAAUUUUCUGUUAAAAAGAUUAAAUUGGAAUCUGAUAAAAAGGAUAAUGAACUCCAAAAUGAAUCUAAAGUGAUUGAUUUGAAUAAUCUCAAAGAAUGGCCUUUGCAAUCUUUCUGUGAUGAACUAAUGAGUGAUCUUUUCAAUGCAAGCUGGGAAGUCCGUCAUGGAGCAGCAACAGCUCUGCGAGAAAUAAUUAAAGUUCAUGGUGUUUGUGGUGGAAGACCGUUGAAUGCUCCUAAAAGUCAAAUGGAUGCACUUAAUCAAUUGUGGCUCGAAGAUUUAGCUCUUCGAUUGAUUUGUGUUCUUGCUUUGGAUAAAUUUGGUGACUUUGUGUCCGACCAAGUCGUUGCUCCAGUCCGUGAAACUGCUGCCCAAACGUUAGGAUCAAUUUUCAACAUUAUGUCUAAAGAUAAUGUUUUCUCUACUGUUAAAAUUCUUCUCCAAUUACUUGUUAGACCGGAAUGGGAGACUCGUCAUGGCGGUCUUUUAGGACUUAAAUACUUACUAGCCAUUCGCUCCGAUUUAACUUUCGAAUUACUACCAAAAGUUUUUGAUUCUAUUUUCAACUGUCUGAAGGAUAAUGAAGAUGACGUUUCUGCUGUUGCUGCUGCCGCUUUGGUACCAGUUCGUGACUCCUUAAUAGAAACUUUACCUGACAAAGUUCCCAUAAUCAUUGAUUUUCUAUGGGAUGCUCUUCUGGAAAUUGAUGAUCUAACCUCAUCUACAAGUGAUAUUCUCAAACUUUUAUCUUCGCUUUUAAUCAAAUAUCAUCAUAAUGAUCAGAAAAGACUACGUGAAUUGGUACCUCGUCUAUGGCCAUUUCUUGGGCACAAUCUUCCUUCUGUUCGUAAAUCUGUCAUAGAAUCACUUUUGGUAUUGAUAGCAGCUGAUUUGGCCUGGGCUGAUGUUGAAAUUAUCUCAGAAUCUCUUCGUCUACUAUAUCAAAGAUGUUUAACUGAAAGUAACAAUGAAAUCCUCGAUCUUUUAUUUGAUUGUUGGUCUAAGUUCAUCAAAACAUGCAGUCUUAACGAUAUAUUAGCAGCUUCUACUCCACAUUUAUCUGGAUGGAUUUGUUUAAUGAUGCAUCCAGCUAAAAAUGCCAUUGAUUCUAAAGUGAGUCCAGUUUGGUUUGUCCCUAGAAGACGAGCAUUUCACGGCGAUUCAAACCAAAAAGUCAAAUAUUCCGAUAAUGGACUCAAUGAGCCUGAGAAACAGUACUUGGGUGGUGCAGAGUCCUUAUAUGAUACUCCUCUUAAACGAGAAAGAUUCGUUAUCCGUGCUCGUCUAACUGCCGCCAAGUUUAUAGGACUUCUGGCUGAAUACGUUUAUCGUGUAGUAGCAUCUAAAUCUCCAAGCCCCUCCGAAUGUUUUACAAAUUUACUUCUUUUCCAUCUUAACUCAAAAUCUGCUAUCCAAAGAACAUGUGUUGCUUGGAUUAUCAAAGAAUGGUCUUGUGCCCAUGGUCCAACAGUUUCCGAAAAUAGUUUACCUCGUUGUUUGCUAGAUAAAUGUUUAGAAUGUUUAAAAGAAACAGUUUAUUAUGAUGAAAUUGCUCUUUCGUUUAACCGACUUCAACAUGAUGCCCGAGACUUUAUAAGCACCAUUAAGUUUAAUAAACUCACCAUUGACGAUGAAAUCUAUAAACCAGGAAACAUUUUGACAAUUCAACAGCUUUCAGAUCUAGUUUCGACUGUUUACCAAUCAUCUAUUGAAUCGUCCAAAGUUAAAGUGAAAGCAUCUACUCUUGAAUCAAUGGAAGAACGACGAAAAGCAAUCGCUUCUUCUAUUGAAGAGCUUACUCGUUAUCAAAAUUCCCUUUCUAUGAUGGUUACUUCAGCACUCUCGAGUUGUAUAAUUUCAUGGAAGAUUUUACCCGACAAAUUGAAUCCAGUUGUUCGCCCCUUAAUGGAUUCCAUCAAAAGAGAGAGCAAUGAACAAUUACAGAGAGCAUCAGCUAACCAUCUAACUUUUUUAUUAGACCUUUGCUUAUCUCAAGAUAAACCAGACAAUUCAUCUCCGGUCAACAAAAUAAUCAAAAAUUUAGUUACUUUUCUUUGUUCUGAUCCAAAUUUUACUCCCAAUCUGUCUAAUCCUGUUUUGAGUAAUUUAUCAUCAACCAUCAAUAAUAAUGCAACCAGUAAUAGUGGCUCAUGUUCACCAUCAACUCCAUCAACUCCAGGUACUCCUGAUUUAUCCAAUGGCAUACUCACAUUGAUUAAUAUGUGUAAACAAGCGGAAAGAUAUAAUCUUAAACGGUUAAACUCAUCCAACUCAUUCAAAAAAAGCACCGAGAAUCCUGACGAGGAAACAAGCUCUACUAAUAUACCUGAUGAUAAUGAUAAAUUUAAUGAACUUAUCCGUCGAGGAGCAUCAUUUGCCCUUACUGAAAUUGUUGCGCAUUUUGGUGAUCAAUUACCUGAACGGCUACCUCAAAUGUGGGCUUAUAUUACUAAUUUUCAAAACUUAGUUAGUGAAGCUAAUGACAAAGUAGAUGUGAAUAAGGCUCAAGAAUUAAUACAAUGUCUUCAAGUUUUAGAAGUAAUUGCUCCAUAUCUACAUUUAAAUCUUCAUCCUCAUUUACGUCAGCUUUUACCAAAAUUAUGUUCUUGUUUGGAAAAUUAUUUUUAUGCUGUCCGUCACCUGGCCGCUCGUUGUAUUGGUGUUCUCAGCACAGUCAUAACUCCAGAAACAAUGGAUAAAGUUCUCGGAUUGGUACUUGAUAUGCUGGGAUCUAGUGACUCAGAUCUACGGCGUCAAGGAGCGGUUGAAGCAAUUUACUGUGUUGUUGAUAAGCUUGGUAUUUCUAUCGUUCCAUUUAUUGUUCUUCUGAUAAUUCCUAUGCUGGGUCGAAUGAGUGAUACAAAUGAACAAGUUCGACUUCUAGCUACUCAUUGUUUUGCUCAGUUAAUUCAAUUAAUGCCACUGGAUGAUAGUAAAAGUAACAAGGUGCCUAUCAAAUCUGAAUUAUUGGAGAAAAAGAAUCAUGAGCAGCAUUUUCUUGAACAGCUUAUGAAUCCCAAGAAACUUGAAAAUUUUAAAAUUCCUGUCCCUGUUAAUGCUGAACUUCGUUCAUAUCAACAAGAAGGUGUCAAUUGGCUGUCAUUCCUUAAUCGAUACAAGUUACAUGGAAUCCUUUGUGAUGAGAUGGGUUUAGGUAAAACUCUCAUGUCUAUUUGUAUAUUAGCUUCUGAUCAUUACAUGAGAUCUGAAAAAUAUAAAAAGACAAAGGCCCCUGAUUCAAAGCCUUUACCUUCCAUAGUAAUUUGUCCUCCCACUUUAACGGGUCAUUGGGUUUAUGAAGUUGAAAAAUUUGUCGACUCAACAUAUCUUCAUCCAUUAAAUUACGCGGGACCACCUAUUGAAAGAGCCAAAUUACGAAAUAAAUUAAAAAAUCAAAGUAAUCGGAAAAGUUAUAAUCUAGUUAUAGCAUCUUAUGAUAUUGUACGCAAUGAUAUUGACUUCUUCUCAUCAAUAUCUUGGAACUAUUGCAUUCUCGAUGAAGGUCACAUUAUUAAGAAUGGUAAAACAAAAUUAUCAAAAGCCAUAAAAUCACUUAAUACUAAUCAUCGUCUCAUAUUGACUGGAACACCAAUACAAAAUAAUGUUCUCGAAUUGUGGUCUCUAUUUGACUUUCUUAUACCUGGUUUCUUGGGGACUGAAAGGCAAUUUGCGAUUCGUUAUUCCAAACCUAUUCUCCAAAGUAGGGAUGCCAAGUCAUCAUCAAAAGAACAAGAGUCUGGUGUUUUGGCCAUGGAAUCGCUUCAUCGUCAAUCUUUACCUUUUAUCCUUCGUCGUAUGAAAGAAGAUGUCCUUAAAGACUUGCCUCCCAAGAUUAUGCAAGAUUAUUAUUGUGAACUAUCAACUCUCCAAUCACAAUUGUACGAAGAUUUCGCCAAGAGCAGAGCUCGUGCAAGCCUGGAAAGUUCAGUUCAUAAACUUGAAGGAGGAACAGCAAGUUUGAAAUCUGUAGACUCCACUGGAUCACAAGCUAACUCAUCUCACAUCUUUCAAGCACUUCAAUAUCUUCGUAAAGUUUGUAAUCAUCCUAAGCUCGUUCUCACCCCUCACCAUCCUCAAUAUGAUUCAAUUAUUUCUCGCCUCAAAGAUCAAAGUACAUCUCUCAACGAUAUUAGUCAUGCGGCUAAAUUGUGUGCAUUGAAACAAUUGCUUCUUGAUUGUGGUAUUGGCUGUUCAAGUUCAUCCACUCUCAUGGGAGGAAGUCAACCAGUCGUUAACCAACACAGAGCAUUGAUAUUUUGUCAGCUCAAGGGGAUGCUUGAUAUUGUUGAAAACGAUUUACUCAAAACCAAUAUGCCUUCAGUCAGCUACUUACGUCUGGAUGGAAGUAUUCCUCCAGGCUCUCGUCAAUCAGUUGUUUUCCAAUUCAAUAACGAUCCAUCAAUUGAUGUAUUACUUUUAACUACUCAGGUUGGUGGUCUUGGUCUUAAUUUAACUGGAGCCGAUACGGUUAUUUUUGUGGAGCAUGAUUGGAAUCCUAUGAAAGAUCUUCAAGCGAUGGAUCGAGCUCAUCGUAUUGGCCAGAAAAAAGUUGUUAAUGUUUACAGACUAAUCACUAAAGGAACACUAGAAGAAAAAAUAAUGGGCUUACAAAAGUUCAAGAUGACUAUUGCUAAUACUGUGAUCAGUUCAGAUAAUUCUCAAUUGCAAACAAUGGGCACAGAUCAGUUACUUGACUUAUUCUGCUUGGACAAUAAAAACGGACCAGACAACAAAGAAGGACCAGGAAAUGCUAAGGGUUCGGGUGUUAAAUCAGUUCUAGAAAAUUUACCUGAAUUAUGGGACACGAAUCAAUAUGAAGAUGAAUAUGAUUUAAGUAAUUUCAUUGAAUCACUCAAAUCCUGAUACACUCUCGAUAAACAUUCAAAUCUCAUCAGAAAAAAGCAGCAUAAGGAUUCAUGAAAAAUAAUCCGUAAUCGUAAAUUUUCUCAGAUUUUCGUUAUUUGUAAUGUUAAAUGAUAAUACUAAAUGAUAAAAUACGCUUAUGUAUAAGAGUUGCACAUUUUUAACUAAAUAUCCAAUUUGAAGAGAUAUUUAUGAGGUGAAGCAUGCCUGUAAAAAAUCAUCUAUUUAUUUUUAUUAAAUUCUAGAGAAAACGUUCAGCAAUUAA